UCUAUACACUUGGGGAGUACAUGAACAAGACUGACCAGACAAGAAAGAUUGACAAUAUUAUUUGGAGUAAGCAGUUCCCUGUCAUUUCGGAGAGGCCUGACGAUCUGUCUGGCAGGAAGUAGGAGGACUUACAAAAUAUCAGGGAGCUGCGCUAGCUUAAAAAAGGAACAAAAAUCACGAGUUGAUUUUAAAUAUGCUGUCUUGGGUACGAUUGCAGACCUGGUAACCAUGGCAACAACGAAGGUUUUGUUCUACCUUAGUGGAUUCACCAUGGCGGGGUAUUUUCUCAUGAAGCUUGUUGAACGUGACCCUGAGGCACUGCGCAAGGAGUUACCAGAGAGAUACCAGGAGGACUAUCAUAACGCUGCUAAACAGCGUACUGCACAGUUUAUGACUGUACUCAAGAAUGUAGCAGACGGUGAUGACCCAGCCACAGCUUCCAGAAAACUUCGUGAACAGCUAGAAAAAGAAGCCCAAAAGAAUUCACCUGUGCCGCCAAAGUCUUCUUGAAUUUAUUAUUAUAUGUAGAUAAUUUAUGCAAUGUAUAUAUUUUUUUGGUAAAACAGAAUAUUAUAGUAGUUGCUUGGAGUAGUGGUUUCCAGCCAUUUUAGACAUACAAAAAUAUUAAAACAGCACCAUGAAUACAUCAGUGGACUCUGGGACCCAGGCCCAGAUCCUGGAAAGAAUGAAAAAGAGAACAGAGGAAAUAGCACAGCGGGCAGAAGUGCGGCGACAGGAGAAACAAGGCCAAGCUGCCAUGUCAGAAAAUGCAGACUACUUCCAGGAAACCUUCCAGAACAUGAAGGAUGACAUCGAGAGGAAAAUUGAUGAUGCAGGAAACAUAAAGAAGGCUCAGUUGCUGGAUUAUUUUGAUGAGUUGGUGAAGGAUGUGCAACAGAUGCAGGAGUUCUUGAAUGAGUCAUCCAUGUUUUUGGCUUCUUUCCAGGUCAAGAAGGCUCAGGAGCAUAUUAAGACCUUAAACAAUCUAGUUCAUAGUAAGAUUGAUGAACUGCAACCAAAGAAAAAAUUUGGCUUUGGUAGGAAAAAGACAGGUGGAGAGAAGAGCACAAAGGCAAAAGAAUUAAAGAAAAAUGAUGGUGUGGAUGGAUGUUCCAAGGAGAAAAAUACUUUGGAUGAAAUCAUAGAAAAACAAUUCUUUGGUUUUAAAGACCAGUCAAACCAAACUCUGACAAAAUCAGCAGAGGAGCUUGACAACCGACAGCUGAACAUCCACAACCUUGAUAACUGUAAGGUUAUAGCCCUAGGAAAUCCAAGUACCCUGCAGAUAGCCUCACUCAGAAAUUGCACAGUCAUUGUUGGUCCAACAUCAAGGUCUGCCUUUAUCAAGGAUUGCAUUAACUGUAAAUUCAUGAUAGCUUGCCAGCAACUGCGUAUCCAUAAUACCAAAAAUACUCAGUUCUACCUCCAUGUCACUGGUGCAGCCAUCAUAGAAAACUGCCAUGAUGUCCAGUUUGCACCCUACACUAUCAAAUACCCAGAAUUAAAAGAACAUUAUUGCAAGAGUGGCCUGGAUUUGAAAACUAAUUACUGGGACAAGAUUGAGGAUUUCCAUUGGCUCAAUGAAAAUGAAAAGUCUCCAAAUUGGUCAGUCAUUCCAGAAAAAGAAAGAAUUGACAACUGGCUAAAGUGAAAGCAUCACAAGAAGAAAUAUAUUUACAUGAUUCCGAGCCUCAGGAUAUUUCUAAGACUAAAUGAUUUAAUAAACCAUAAAUAAAUAAAAAUAUGAUAUAUAUAUAUUGUGCUUUACAGUUCCACUUAAAGAAUUGCAUUAUGAAAAUUAUGCACAGCAUACUUAAAACAUGGAAAAAUAACAAGGCUGUACUAAUAAAAUACAGUUAAUGCUAGCAUAUGCCACACUAUAAUCAUCAGUUACCAAAAACUGAAAAACGUUUCUUCAGCUGUAGACUGUUCUCUGCACAAGGUUUUUGUGUUUAUGAGAGAGGGCUGAUUUAUAUCUCUCUUGGCACAGAAUUAUUGUUUUUCAUUAAUAAAGCUUACAGAUCCUCAUUAUAGCAAUAAGAUAUAUUUCAGUACUGUACUUGAAGCAAGACAAUAAUAAUAAAGCUGUUUUUGGAAACAAAAACUACAUUUUCUUUCUCUUUUGUUCCUCAAAAAGUAAUUGUGGUAUAAAAGAAGCCGGUUAUUUAUGGAAAUUUAUUUAGGUUUUUGUAAAGGCAAGUCAGAAUUAAUGUUUGUUCAUAUUUAGUAAAUGCUGUGUCCAAAACAAGAACAAAAUUGUUCAUAAAAUCUUUGAAGGGCAGAUCCAACCCCCAAAGGCCUUCUCCAAGUCUGCAGCUACAGCUAUGGUCACAUGGUCUUGGUAGAGUCCUCCCACCACCUGAGAAGGACAGAAAAGAGAUACGGGUGAAUUAAGCUAAUAUCUAUAUUGGGAAUUUAGUAAAAAUCAAGUUAACAGCUUCAUUCACCAUCAUGAAAUUAAUAACACCAUGUUUCUCCAAGGAAAAACCAUAUACAUUUUCAGAAUUAGCCAUAAAAUAGUAUAAAGAGUUGACUGAUAAAGAAAAGAGCCAUUGAAUAACAUGUCAUUUACUCAUGACCAGAAAACAAGUUCUAAAGUGCAUUAUAUUGGUAGUAUAAUAGUGUGGGACAGGAAAACUGACCUGUAUACCAAGUGGAAGACCAUUUGGAGCAAGUCCCAGAGGUACCUGAGUAACAGGGAAUCCUAGUGCAUUGAAAAUGGCAGUGUAGGUGAAGUUCAAGGGUCGGAAGAGUGGUUCGUUGUGGUAAGGUGCUAAAGUCGGAUGGCUUGGAUACAGCAGCACUCCAUUAUCCCCUAAUAGACGCUUUAAUGUAAUAGAAGAUUGUCAUUAAAGACUUACUGAUUCACCUUGUGAUUGAAAAAAUAAAAUGUUUUCACACUGAU